CGGUUUUUUUUCGGAUUACAGAGCUAACCAUUAGAGAUCUGUUCAAAGUCACCGUGAUCCUAAAGACUUGAGUCUGUGGUUCUUUUCCACGGAUUUCUUUACAGCCUGACAAGCAUAACUAAAACAGUUUGCAGUUUUCAAUAGGUAGUCGAGGAUUUUGAUCGGAUUUCAUCACUAACGAGCAAUAUAGAUCUUAUAUUGUGGCCAGUGUGAUGUAAUGUUUAUGGUUUGAAUGGAUAGAUAUGACUGUUUUUUUUCUUCGAAUUUCAUUAUCAACAAGUAAGGCAGAUACCAGUACAGUGUAACUUUAUUAAAAGAAUGCACGUUUCAGUGUUUUAAAAGGCAUUUAUUUUUCCCCUGAUUUUCCCACGGACAUUUAAGCUGUGUCCGAAUGCUCAUCUGUUUUUAGUUUUCACUUUUGAUUAAGUACUCGCUUUUUAAAAAAGCAUUUAAUCGCUGAUGAAUAUCGAUAUAUUCAAGUACAUGUAUCUACUAGUUUGUUUGUUGAUCAAACUUAAAAAAAAAAAAAGUAUUUCAACGCUGAAGAAUAUCGGUACUGAAGAAACAGAUGAGACUUAACCUGUUAACUGACGAUUCUUUCCGAUUUGGACGCUCUGCCAUCAAGGGCGGACUGGUAAUACGAGAUAAAUUGGAGGUGUCGCUUCUCUGAUCCCAGUUAGAGUUUGAACGGUCCUAAUGUCAGAUCUGAUGGAAUUAUUGUUUUACAAUAACUAGAAUGUUUCUUUAAAAAAGGAUUUAAUCUCAGACAAAUUAGUCAUUGUACAUCUAUUGUGACAUCUGAUAUUCUAUCAUCAGUGUUGAAUCUAAUAUGGUUCUCUUUUGGAUUUCAAGGCCGACAACUACUGAUACAAUAUUGUGACGAACUGAGUCUAAAAUAACUCAGGUUUCAGUUGGCUUUUGUUCGGAUUAAAUCGCAGACGAAUAUUUAACAUCUGUUGCAGCAACUGUGGUCCUUUGUGUUUGAAUUCAAAGUUUGCCCUCCGGAUUUCGCUAGAGACCAACAAGUCAGUACUAACACACACCAUGUGGGUAUAUUAUAAUAACAUCAUGAGUCCAGUGCGCAUGCGUCAAGGUCUAAGACAUGUCUGAUGGCCAGUUCUUCUCCCCCCUCGAAUCACGGUGGUCUGGAUGCAGCCAUGCGAGCAG